AUGGGCACCGACUGCGAGCCUCCAGCCGGCGCUCAUCUCCUGUCCCUCGCGGACGUAGGAGCCCUAGGCUUCGACUGCGCCCUUAAGCCCGUGUCCACUUCAACGUCGGGCUCGCAAGGCGAUCUCAACACUCCCGUGGCGACGUCUGACUUGCCCGCGUUCUUCCCGAGUCUGCUCGAGCCCCCGCUUAUAUCAGGUACAUUACCAGGCGAUGAGUUAUCACUAGGAUGUUCACCACGACGACACAAGCAUGAGUCGUCUCUAUCUCCUGGCGCACGCGCAGAAGACGCCAGUAAUGCGUCCAGUGCUAGUGCCUCAUUAUAUGGGCCCCCCAUGGGUGCUAAACGCGCACCCUCGCCGCCACUACAGUGGCUGCUGCCGUCUGGCCCGGGGCCCGGCAGUGUCGACAAGUACUUCCAGCAGGAGUACGAGGAGCGCGUCGAGCUCCUUCCACCUGAAUGCCAACCGCAGGCCUAUUGCCCGCCACAACCGUGCCCUCCACAGCAUUGCGAGUAUCGGCCACCACCACAGCCGCAACCACAGCAGCAGCACACCUGGGAAACACAAGAGUACGCUAGCGUGCCGCAGCCUACGCCGGGGCCAUCUGGACUUCCGAAACGCGAGCCUUAUCCGAGUCCCGUUUCCGACAGGCCAGUCCAACUCGCCGAGUACAAUCCUUCCACGAGCAAGGGUCACGAGAUCCUCUCCCAGGUGUACCAGCAGAGCGCGCAGCCGCUGCGCCUGAUGCCCGUUAAACCGCGCAAGUACCCCAACAGGCCGAGCAAGACCCCGGUCCACGAACGGCCUUACGCCUGCCCCGUCGAGGGCUGCGACCGCCGCUUCUCCCGCUCGGAUGAGCUGACGCGGCACAUUCGGAUACACACGGGUCAGAAGCCCUUCCAGUGCCGCAUCUGCAUGAGAUCAUUCAGCCGGUCGGACCACCUCACGACCCACGUCCGCACGCACACGGGCGAGAAACCGUUCGCAUGUGAUGUGUGCGGCCGCAAGUUCGCACGUUCAGACGAGAAAAAGCGGCACGCAAAGGUGCACCUCAAGCAGCGGUUGAAGCGCGAGCGCGGCGGACCCCAUGACCACUCUCACGCGCCGCUCUAG